AUGGUUGUAGUUCUGGACCACGGUAAAAAAAACAAAAAACAAUGGAGUCCAAUAAAAGUAAUCGGUAUUGUGUUGCUGUCCGAUAUAUUCCCUUCACCUCUUGCCCUAGUUUUUUCACGCCCUAAUUUUUCCAACAAAGGCGGCUGUGGCGAUUUUUCUGCCGAUCUCCGGACGGUAAGCUCUCUUGCCACUUUUAUCCGACGAUCCCAGUCCCUUCCUGUAAACCUAGCCCAGGCGUACCUCAGGUUGCCGCUCGCGGCCGUGCCUGCCGCUCACGACCGCGGGCCGCUGCUCCUGGCCGCUCGCUGCCGCGGGCCGCCGCGCCUGGCCGCUCCCUCCUCUUCUUCUUCCACUCCAUGGGUGCAUUGCCGAUUGGCAGAAGCAGAGGGAUUGAUUCUCAUGAAGAGAUUUGCUUGCUGUCGCCGCCGGACAAAAGAUUUCAGCCUUGAUUUCGAGGAUCAAGACCGGUUGGUAGAAGAAGGAAUUGGAUUGAGAAGGAUCUCCAUAAGAUUAUCUUCUACUUUUUUUCAUGUUUUUGUAUGAGAUUGGAAUUUGGAUACACAUGUUUGUUGUAACUUUGUUGUAGUGUUUGAUUUAGAGGGUUAGUUGUUGUAUAUUGUUAUUAUUUGUAUGAUUGGAUGAUGAUGUUUGUUGUAUUGUUAGUUUUAUGUUUUUAGUUUAGGUUCUAUAUGAAACAUGUUUUGACGAUGUAUAUGUUUGGGUUUAGAUUAUUGAUGUUUGUAUUUACACAAAUAUAUUAAUUAAUAUUUGGUUUA